UCGAAACGGGGCGCCCCACAAGGCGAUUAUAGUUUCGCAGGUUAUUUCGACGCGCGUCUUCCUUUCGUUGUCCUUUCCGAUUAAGAAGAAGGGCGAGGUCUCGCGAAGUGUCGGAAAAGCUGCACGGGGCUCGUUUCAUCGGGUCAGAGACAUGCCCGGGCCGACGCUGAUGCAAAAAAUUUCCUUAGCGGAAGAAGCCGUGAAGAAUAUGUCGAAGAGAAUAAAGGCGCUGGAAACGAGACUGUGCACCGAGCAACUAAACGAGGCGAAAGUGAAGGCGAUAACGGCCGAGUUGCUUGAGACGAAGAAGGUCGUUGCGGUUUACAGGCAGCAAGUGUCUCACUUAUUGCACACCCACAAUCGGCGAAGCUUCCUGUUCGUAGGCGGCCUGGUUUUUGUAAUAUUCACUACGUACAUGCUGUACAUAUUGAUAAACGGGGUUGAGAUUUGAAACCGUCCGCGCCCCAUUUUUGUUUUUGAAAGAAUAGACCGAGAAAAAAGGUGUUUUAUUUACCUAAUGUGUAUUUCAAAAAAUCUUACAAAUUACAGAGUCGCUUAACCUAACCGGUUAUUUAAAAUCUAGUCCC